AUGACGGCCUACCCUCCCUCCCCGGCCAAACCUGAGCCGUUUGUGCGGGGACUCCCAACUACGGCCAGAUGUGAUGCAACCUGGAUUCGAACCAGGUACUGUGACGAGUCUUGCACUGAGAUGUCGUGUCUCAGACCACUGCGCCACUCAGGUGUGGUGGAGGGGAACAUGGCUGCUGUCGAGGCCUACAAGUCGACCGGUGGUGACAUCGCCCGUCAGCUGACUUCAGACGAGGUCCGCCUCCUGAACCGCGCCACUGCCUUCAACGACGGCUUUACGCUAGUUCACCUGGCCAUCCGCUUCCAGAGACAAGACAUGUUGGCUAUCCUUCUCACUGAGGUGUCCCAGCAGGCAGCUAAGUGUAUCCCUGCCAUGGUGUGUGGUGAGCUGACAGAACAGAUCCGCAGGGAGAUCGCUGCCUCUCUGCACCAACGUAAAGGAGACUUCAACUGUUACUUCCUCUCUGACCUGGUGACCUUCACACUGCCCGCAGACAUCGAAGACCUGCCCACUGCAGUCCAGGAGAAGCUGUUUGACGAGGUGUUAGAUCGAGAUGUACAGAAAGAGCUAGAGGAGGAGUCUCCCAUCAUCAACUGGUCCUUGGAGCUGGGUACCAGGCUGGACAGCAGACUGUAUGCCCUGUGGAACCGUACACAGGGAGACUGCCUGUUAGACUCAGUGCUGCAGGCCACCUGGGGGAUAUACGACAAGGACUCUGUCCUCCGCAAGACCCUCCACGACAGCCUGCAUGACUGCUCUCACUGGUUCUACACCCGGUGGAAGGAGUGGGAGUCGUGGUAUUCUCAGAGCUUUGGUCUCCACUUCUCCCUCCGAGAAGAACAGUGGCAGGAGGACUGGGCCUUUAUACUCUCUCUGGCCAGCCAGCCUGGUGCCAGCCUGGAACAGACUCACAUCUUUGUUCUAGCACACAUUCUUCGUCGACCAAUCAUCGUGUACGGAGUGAAGUAUUACAAGAGUUUCCGUGGAGAGACGUUGGGCUACACUCGUUUCCAAGGUGUGUACUUGCCCCUGUUGUGGGAGCAGAGCUUCUGUUGGAAGAGUCCCAUCGCCCUGGGUUACACACGCGGACACUUCUCUGCCCUGGUCGCCAUGGAGAACGACGGCUACGACAAUCGCGGCGCGGGCGCCAACCUCAACACUGACGAUGACGUCACCGUAACCUUCCUGCCGCUGGUGGACAGCGAGAGAAAACUGCUGCACGUACAUUUCCUGUCUGCACAAGAGAUGGGUAACGAGGAGCAGCAGGAGAAGUUGUUGAGGGAGUGGCUGGACUGCUGUGUAACGGAUGGAGGCAUGUUGGCCGCAAUGCAAAAGUCGUCCCGUCGACGCAACCACCCACUGGUCACACAAAUGGUGGAGACCUGGCUGGAUGGAUACCGACAGAUCUGUCCCUGCGCCUCUCUCUCCGACGGGGAGGAGGAGGAGGAGGAGGAGGAAGAUGAGUGAAGGAGGGAAGGACACAGUGACACAGACACAGGAGAGGGUGACCAAGAGGAGGAUGUGGCGUCACUGGAUGGGACUCGAGACCACUAGCAUCCUUCAUACGGCACCAUACGCCUCCUCACCUCAAGAGAGAGAGGAUCCACGGUCUUCUGCGCUGCCGUCUGAAGCUGUAUCCCAAAGCACAUAGGGUUCUGGUCAAAAGAGUAGUGCGCACUAUAUAGGAGAAUAGGUUUGCAUUUGGGAUGCAGGCGGAGCGAUCAAUGGUCUUUCACUCUGCCGUCUCAGAAGCACUGAAGAGAGGAGACCUGCUCUGGUUCUGAAAGAACUCUUGGAACACGUUCUAGAAUCUCCUCAACAAAACCAUGGCAACAACAAUGGGUGCGUUCGUAAAUUCACUCUGGAGCGCGUUGUCAGUUCGUAAAUUCACUCUGGAGCGCGUUGUCAGUUCGUAAAUCCACUCUGGAGCGCGUUGUCAGUUCGUAAAUUCACUCUGGAGCGCGUUGUCAGUUCGUAAAUUCACUCUGGAGUGCGUUGUCAGUUCGUAAAUUCACUCUGGAGUGCGUUGUCAAUUCGUAAAUUCACUCUGGAGUGCGUUGUCAGUUCGUAAAUUCACUCUGGAGUGCGUUGUCAGUUCGUAAAUUCACUCUGGAGUGCGUUGUCAGUUCGUAAAUUCACUCUGGAGUGCGUUGUCAGUUCGUAAAUUCACUCUGGAGUGCGUUGUCAGUUCGUAAAUUCACUCUGGAGUGCGUUGUCAGUUCGUAAAUUCACUCUGGAGCGCGUUGUCAGUUCGUAAAUCCACUCUGUAGCGCGUUGUCAGUUCGUAAAUUCACUCUGGAGCGCGUUGUCAGUUCGUAAAUUCACUCUGGAGCGCGUUGUCAGUUCGUAAAUUCACUCUGGAGUGCGUUGUCAGUUCGUAAAUUCACUCUGGAGUGCGUUGUCAGUUCGUAAAUUCACUCUGGAGUGCGUUGUCAGUUCGUAAAUUCACUCUGGAGUGCGUUGUCAAUUCGUAAAUUCACUCUGGAGUGCGUUGUCAGUUCGUAAAUUCACUCUGGAGUGCGUUGUCAGUUCGUAAAUUCAC